AUGUUUAAUGAUCGAUUUUUAUGUCCAAAAUUAAAUUCUGGUUGGUCAUAUCAUACAAAUAUUCAAUUAUUAAAUUAUCAAUCGAAUGAUACUAUACCUAAUAAUUUUAAUAAAAAAUCAUUAACUAAUCAAGAAAUUGCACAUAUUGAAAAUGUUCUUAAACGUGAUCAAUACGUUAGAUUUCUUGAACAGGAACGUAUUCGUAAAUUAAUUGAUCGUCUUGAUAAAAUGAAAAAAAAUGCAACUGGUAAUGGUUCAUCGCAAUGUUUACUAUGUUCGAAUAAACGAGGAAUAUUAUCACGAUCAUUUGUUUCAUGUGCUGAUUGCCAAAAAUUAGUAUGUGAUAAUUGUUCAAUUCAAACUCAUUUUAAUCAAAAUAUUGUAUCAUUAUGCAAUAUUCGUAGUGAAAAUCGUCAAUUAUGGAAAAAAUCAGCUGCUUGGUUUUUUCAUUCUUUUCCUAAACCUUCAACAUUUACUUUUGAUAUUAAUUCAUUGUCAUCAAUUGUAUCAUCACAACAUAUCAAAAAACUGAUAUCGAAUGAUGAUAAUAAUCAAGAUGAAAAAAGAAUUAAUUCAUUGAAAACUAAUAAAGUAUUUUCAAAAGAAGAUUCAAUUGAUGAAUAUUCAUCAAAAUCAAUAUUAAUUAAAUCAACAGUACCAUCAAAUGAUUCUCAUAUAAUAUUAUCACCGAUAAAUGAAAAUUGUGGAGUUGGAAAAUUAGAUUUUGAAAUUGUUUGGAAACAAUCUGAAUAUAAAUUAAUAAUAAGAUUAAUAAAAUUAGAAAAUAUUCAAUCAAAUAAUCAUAUUUAUUUUACAUUAGAUCUUCUACCAGCUAUUCGUAAAUCAACUCAAUUAGAAAGUAAUGUAAUUGGUAACAAACUAAAUGGUAAUAUUGAUGAAACAUUUAUUUAUGAUGGUAUAUCAUUAGAUGAUAUUAAUUAUAAAUCAAUUAAAUUUUCGGUCUAUGAUAAAGAUUCAUUUGAGAAUUAUUUUCUUGGUGAAUAUCGUUUUAAAUUAUCAACAAUUAAAUCUGAUCAAUGUCAAAUAUAUUCGGUUUAUUUACAAGAUAAAAUUGAUUGUGAAAAUGAUGAAGAUAUAAAUGAACGUGGAAAAGUUUUAAUUAGUCUUAUGUAUUCAAAUGAAACAUCAAAUUUUCAUAUUAAAAUAAAACGUGCUUGUUAUUUAUUACCAAUUGAUAUUGAUCAAAAAUCAAAUUUUUAUUGUCAAUUAUGUUUAUUUUCAUCUGAUUAUUUAUCGAACAAAACAAAUUUUAAUGUAGAUAUUAAAAAACAAAUAUUUAACACACAUAUUAAUCAAGAAUUUAUUUAUAAAAAUAUUCAAUUAAAACAAUUAAUUAGUAAAACAUUACAAAUAACUAUUUAUAAUAAUGAUUUUGAAAAAAAAAAUAAUUUUAUUGGUGGAAUUCGAUUAGGUCAAUCGGAAAGUGGAGAUUAUUUGAAACAUUGGUUCUUAAUGAUAAAAUGUCCAAAUCAAUCAAUUGAUAUGUGGCACAAUUUAACAAAUGAACAUUUUUAA